AGACCCCAGACUGCGACCGCCUCUGACGGCAGCUCCGCCCAGCCGGCUCGCGGAGAGUCAGCCGGAGAAUCGAGUGAGCACGUGAAAAAGCCGAGCGCUAGCCUUGGAACGUCAAGCCAUCUUUAGACACUUUCCAAACGCGACUUUCCUCGGACAUAUCAGAUGAGUAUGGUGCUUUCUUCAAAGUAAAAGAAGCUAAAAGGAGUGUGAAGAUGGCCCAGAAAGACACGUUUCUGCAUCUCUUUGCCGGAGGAUGUAGCGGCACUGUCGGAGCCAUCGUAACAUGCCCUUUGGAGGUGUUAAAGACACGACUGCAGUCCUCGGGUCUCACUCUCCGGCCCGUUUUUCAGGUCCAGCUCGGCACCCUCAGUGGGACUGGGGUCAUCCGACCAGGGACUGUUACGCCCGGGCUGGUGCAAGUCUUACGGUCAAUACUCGAAAAAGAGGGACCACGAUCUCUUUUCCGCGGCUUGGGGCCAAAUCUUGUUGGCGUGGCUCCGUCAAGAGCCAUUUACUUUGCUGCGUAUUCCAAAUCCAAAGAACUCUUCAAUGGGUUGCUUGUUCCAAAUAGUGGCGCUGUUCACAUGUCCUCAGCUGGUAUUGCAGCUUUUGUGACCAACUCCCUAAUGAACCCCGUCUGGAUGGUUAAGACCAGGAUGCAGCUUGAAAAAAAAGCCCGAGGAGAGAAGAAGAUGAACGCCUUGCAAUGCGCCCGCCACGUUUACAGAACAGAGGGCGUCCGGGGCUUCUACCGAGGCCUGACCGCGUCUUACGCCGGCAUCUCCGAGACCAUGAUCUGCUUCCUCAUCUACGAGACGCUCAAGAAGCGGCUCGCCGACAACCAGCUGGCGUCUCCGAGCAGCGAAAAUGAGAAAAGAGCGUCCGACUUUCUGCGCUUGAUGAUGGCGGCCGCUUUCUCAAAAGGCUGCGCAUCCUGCAUAGCAUACCCACAUGAGGUGAUUCGGACAAGACUGCGCGAGGAAGGCAGCAAGUACAAGUAUUUCUUUCAGACGGGGAGGUUAAUAGCCUUGGAGGAAGGCUACGCCGCUUUUUAUAGAGGACUCAUUCCGCAGCUAAUUAAACAAAUCCCCAACACGGCCAUCGUCCUCUCCACGUAUGAACUCAUCGUCCAUCUACUGGGAGAAUCCAAGUGAAAAAGGAAAAGAAGUUGCAACUCUACUGAAGGACUUGUAUUUUUGGAAAUGAAGCCACUUGUUCUGUUUUCUAGGAGGACAUUUUACAGAAAGCUUGUCGAGAGCUUAAAAUAGAACAAGUUGCUAACCCUGUGGAGUUUAAAAAUCUCAGAGGACUUGUUUUAAGUUAACUAAAUUAUUUUUUGGACUAUUUCCUUUGUAUUAUCAGUGAUAACCAGCUUGACUGUUGCUAGUUAUUUUUUUGAAUGAAACGAUUCAAGUGUUAGUGCUGUUGCUCACCUUUAAUUUAAUACACCCACAGUUUUGGAACAAAUAACCUUGAUUUCAAGUUGGAUUGAUAGAGAAAUUUGUUUUCUUGAAUAUAUAUGAAAAAAUAUAUAUUUACAUGCUUACAGUUUUGUUAUAUUUCUGAAAAACUUGGGUCAUGUUUGAUUUACAAGUUUGAUGCUCAUUUGACCAAUGAGUCAAUAAAUUGAGAAAACUG